AUGGUUUUUGAUCCUCCAACCACGAGCUCUACCGCUGUAACGAUGAUCGAUACAGGUGCCUUGGACAUUACUGGUUACUGCACCAGAAUGAAGAAAUUAUGGGAAGAACUCAGUACCUUAGCAGCUAAUCACAUAUGCAAUUGUCGAUGCACAUGUGGUGCCAAAGAUAUCAUGUAUAAGGUUGAUCAGGACAUGCGCUUGAUCCAAUUUCUCAUGGGGCUAAAUGAGGACGAAAAUUAUAGGGAAAUUAGACCGCACAACAAGAUGUUUACUGAACGUGCUUCUCUUGCUGCAAGUGCUUCAGGCAUUAAGAACUUCAAAAUGAACUACACAUCCAACACCAAUACUAAUGAAUCCAGCUCUAGACAAGGUCAGACCUCACAGAAUAAUUCAUACAACCAGAGGAACUAUGGUUACAAUCCACCUACAAUCAAUCAAAGGAACACAAUCAAUGGCUACAACAACAUGUUUAAUAAGGGGAAAAGAAUAGCUGCAAAUGCACAUUCUGAUAAGAACCCUAUCAAGAAUGAGGAACCACUAUAUAAGAAUCACAAGGGAACACAACUGUCCAAGGAACAAUAUGAUCAACUGAUGAACAUGUUGCAACACUUUAGUAAUUCUGAUCCACGUAGUGACACUCAGACUAGUGGAGCUGAAAACUCUGCAGGCAUCUUUACUGAAGAGGCUAUGGAGAUUAGUAAUGUGCAUGAUGAGCUUUACCUUCUAUUCUCAAACUAUCUCAGGAAAGGGACCAACAUUUCUGAAUCAGAGAUGAACCUGGUUCUUAUGAAGAAGCAGCUAUGUAUCCUACUUGGGCAAGCAACUAUGACAAAAGAGUUUGAGGCUUUACAUACCAACAAUACAUGGAGCCUAGUGCUCUUACCCACAGGGAAGAAACCUAUUGGGUGCAAAUGGGUUUUCAAUAUUAAACACAAGGAUGAUGGUUCAAUAGAGAGGUUUAAUGCUCGAUUGGUUGUGAAAGGGUAUACUAAACAUCCUGUAAUAGAUUACACUAAAACUUUUUCACCAAUUGUCAAGAUGAAUACUGUGAGAUCUCUUAUUGCUACUUCAGUCAAACAGAUUUAG